GCCGCGCUCUCCCUUCCCUCUCCCGCCGCGCGGCAGCCCCCGCCGCCGCUGGGAGCGCGCGGCCCCUUUAAGAGCCCAGCUUUGCCUCCCGGUAGCUGAAGGUCAUUAAACACAAAAGCUCUCCAGCGCUGCGGUCCAAUAUAGCGCAUGCGCCCUGCCCGAGGACUGGCAGGGAGACGGCAAUAUGGCGAGAAUGCCUGGCAGCGGCGGCGACUGGAACACCGGCAGCGGCGGCGGGGAGAACAAUGCGGGGGACCGGCCGCCGGGCCGCGGCGGCACCCACCGCCCCCACCACUACUGCAGCGCGGGGGAGGACGAGGACGGGGAGGACGACGAUGAGAUCCAGGAGGUGCAGAUAACGGGGGACGAGGAGGACGGCGCCGAUGGGGGGUUCCUGCUACUGGACGAGGAGGAGGAGGAGGAGGAGGAAAUGGGGCUGGAGUGGGACGCCGAGGAGGAGCCGCUGGAGCCCGAGCCGGUCCUUAUGAUCAGUAUGGACCGGGGCAGCAGCGGGCUGGACUCCUCUUGCGGCGGCGGCGGCGGCCGCCUUGGAGGCGGCUGUGGCGGCGGCAUCGGGGCAGCAGCAGCUGGGGGUGCCCCAGUCCCCGCUAGCGCCCGGGGCGCGGAGGACUCGGACCCGGAGACCGACCUGCUACUGCAGCGCCCCGAGCGGGCCCGGCUGAGCGAGAACACCCGGCUGGCCACCCGCUACGCGGUGCGCAUCUUCCGGGAGUACCUGAGCGAGAAGUCCCAGAGCCCGGACUUCGAGACCAUGGACAAGGGGGCGCUGUGCCGGGUGCUGCGCUCCUUCUACGCCGAGGCCCGCUCCAAGAGCGGCCAGCUCUACUCCAAGUCCUCGCUCAUCAGCAUCCGCAGCUCCCUCAACCGCUACCUCAACGAGCCGCCCUACUGCCGCACCCUGGACCUGACCAAGGACCCGGAGCUGCGCGCCGCCAACCUGACGCUGGCGGCGGUGAUCCGCAAGCUGGAGGAGCAGGGCGCGGGGCCGGUGGUCCAGAAACAAGCCAUCACGCGGGCGGACCUGCGCAAGCUGUACACCUGCAGCGUGUUCAGCACGCAGAGCCCCUUCGGGCUGCUCAACAAGGUCUGGUUCGAGACCUGCAUGUACUUCUGCACGCGGGGCCGCGAGAACCAGCGCGAGCUGGAGGAGGACUCCUUCGGGCUGGCCAUGGACGAGGACGGCCGCAAGUUCGUCUACUUCAAGUCCCUGGGGCCCUACCACAAGUCGCGCUCCUCCUCCUGGAGCAAGAAGCGGGCGGAGAGCAGCGACGAGGAGAACCUGCCCCGCAUGUACGAGACGGGCACCGAGUUCUGCCCCUACUCCAGCUUCGUCAAGUACCUGGCCAAGCGCAACCCGCUCUGCAAGGCCUUCUUCCAGCGGCCGCGGGACCACUGCAGCGAGGGCGAUGUCACCUGGUACGAGAACAAGGCCAUCGGCAAGAACCUGCUGGGCACCCGCAUGCAGAUGCUCUCCAAGGCGGCCAAGCUCUCCAAGACCUACACCAACCACUGCAUCGGCGCCGUCUCCAUCGCCACCCUCAACAGCAUCGCCGGCAUCGGCACCAAGCUGGGCGGGCACCACCCGCACCCCGCCGGGGCGGCAGGGGGCUGCUACACCGCCGCCCAGGCCAUCCUCAACGGCGGGCACCGGCACCGGCCCCCGCCCGCCCCAGCCAACACCUACAUCCUCCCCAAAGACAGCGACGUCCCCCACGUGAAGGCGGAAGCGGCCGCUGUGACCCCAGCCAAGCGCUCCCUCUACGAGGCGGUGUACACUGGGGCGGCCGCAGCCGGGGGGGAUGCCUGCGGCCCCUCCUCAUCCCCCAAAAGACUCUGCCUCCGCCCCGCGGAGCCGCUGGACGCUGCUGCCGCCGCUGCCUCCGUGGUGGUGGUGUCAGUGAAACACGACCCCCUGCCUCUCCUCCCCGAAGCCAAUGGGCACAGAAGCACCAACUCACCCACAGUAGUUUCACCUGCUAUUGUUUCCCCCACACAGGACAGUCGGCCAAAUAUGUCAAGACCUCUGAUCACUAGAUCCCCUGCAUCUCCGUUGAACAAUCAAGGCAUCCCCACUCCAGCACAGCUCACAAAAUCCAACGCACCAGUUCAUAUUGAUGUGGGUGGGCACAUGUACACCAGCAGCUUGGCCACGCUUACUAAAUACCCUGACUCCAGAAUUGGAAGGCUUUUUGAUGGCACGGAGCCUAUUGUUUUGGACAGUCUCAAGCAGCACUAUUUCAUUGACAGAGAUGGGCAAAUGUUCAGAUAUAUCUUGAAUUUUCUACGAACAUCAAAACUCCUAAUUCCUGAUGAUUUCAAGGACUACAGUUUGCUAUAUGAAGAGGCAAAGUAUUUUCAGCUCCAGCCCAUGCUAGGUGAAAUGGAAAGAUGGAAACAAGAUCGGGAGACUGGCCGUUUUUCAAGGUCCUGUGAGUGCUUGGUGGUGCGUGUUGCUCCAGAUCUUGGAGAGAGGAUUACGCUGAGUGGCGAUAAAUCUUUGAUAGAAGAAGUUUUUCCAGAAAUUGGCGACGUGAUGUGUAAUUCUGUCAAUGCUGGCUGGAAUCACGACUCCACCCAUGUCAUCAGGUUUCCAUUGAAUGGAUACUGUCACCUCAACUCAGUUCAGGUACUUGAGAGGUUGCAGCAAAGAGGCUUUGAGAUUGUUGGCUCAUGUGGAGGAGGGGUGGACUCUUCCCAAUUCAGUGAAUACGUACUGAGGCGAGAACUCAGAAGGACAUCUCGUGCACCCUCCGUCAUUCGAAUAAAGCAAGAGCCUCUGGACUAAAUGGACAUGUUUCUUUAUGCAAAAAAGGGACGUUACAUGUGCAGUUUGGACACCAAACAAGUCCUGGAACUAAAAUUGAAUAAAGACGCCUUUGUAUGAAAUAUAGAGACCACACCUGAAUUAAUAUGGGAGCAUUUUGAAUCGUAAUAAUAAUAACCUCAAGGUGUAAUUAUAUGUCAAAAGAUAGGAAAUGCAAACAAAGGAAGGGGGGGAAAUGGGAACGUAGGGUUGGUGCUGUGAUAGCCAUUAAGUGUCCUAGGCCUUCUUUAGGCCCACUUAACGGUAAACAAGCCAUUAUCAUCAGAGGGGAGACAGAGUUCUCCUAUACAUUUUCCAUUACCAGAGUCCAUCCACUUUCCCAUGUGUAUGUCUUGAUUCAAGUUUAUUUGCAUAUGGAGGUUUGUGUCGGUGUCUUUUUAGAGGUAACCAGGCAGGAGGACUUCAGGAAACAUCCAUCCAUUGCAGUGAAAGAUAGUUGACUGAGAUUUUAAACAUAGUCUGUACAGAUGUCAAACACUUUUGUCUGCCCUCACAGAUGUGAAAAGUUACUCUUUUUUUGUUUUAAAUGAGUUGAGUUUUUUGUUUUUGCAAUGGGACCAGAAUUAAUACUUGGUAGGGUUGCUCUAGUUUGAAUCAGCUGCUUUCCUACAAUUUUUUAAAUUGUAUAAUGACAGGAUACAAUAAACUCUGUUUAAAAUAAUGAGGGCGUGGAUUAAACCAACAAAAGCAAAAGAAAUUUAAUUAAAAUAAUCAGUCAGUAGCUCACUCUGUUAUGCUUCCCCUAGUCCUAUUCGGGUUGCAGAAUAGCAAGUUAUCUUGCAUACAGAGAGCAAACUGCAAUUCCCAUGCUGGGUAGAGUGAGUUACAGGAAAUAGAUGCUCUCAUUGGCCUAUAUUAGAAAACCUGUCUGGUGCACCCUAUAUUGCUGGUUUACAUUCAACACUAGUUUUUUAAGCUUUGUCUGAGUUUGAAAAGAGGCUAUUGUGGUGAUGGGACCAUUUUCAAUACUGGUAAAACUUAAAAUAAUAAUAAUAAAAGUUUGGCCCAGAGAAAUCAGUCAUGAAAAUAAUGCCAGGUAAAUGUUCUGAAACCUAUAACUAAUAAUAGUCACAUCAUUCCUUUUUUAAACAUGGAGUUGGCAGCUGUAACUCUGAAUUACCUUAAUGACUGUAAGUCAGAAUGUUUGUUUUUAAUGUUGUUAAUUUCCCUCAUUUAGGGCUAAUAAGCUUCUGCCUGGAAGUGAGACCCUUUGGCUACACCAUUGACCUUAUUAUUCUUAUUACUAGGCAGUAACUUUGUACACAGUUAUCCUGCAAGUUAUUCUUAUUGUGCAACAUCUCAUUGAAAUCAAUUGUGCACGUGCCCAGUUGAUGUCAGUUAGACUUUGCAAAGUAAACAUAAUGCGUAAAUGACACUACUGCACAAACUGUUCAUGGGUUGAUGAUUUUAUCACAUAAGAGGCACCAGCAACCACAUUAUCUUUCGUCCAAAAUAUUUCUUUAUGCAAUAUUACACUAUAUGACUGUGUAUUACUAUGGAAAAUCCUAUUGAAUCAAUGGUGCAGGCAUUCCAUUCAUUUCAGUGAGACCUUGCUAUUUAUUUAAAAAAACAUUGUGAAAAGUAAAUACUCCAUGUAACAAGGUUUUUAAUAUAGUUCUGAUAACUGAAAAAAGUAAACCAUUUUUUCUGUUUUUUAUUAACAUUUAGGAGAGGGAGGGAUAUUUAAUAUUUUCUUGGCAGUGCAUCCCAUUGUGAUUUGAAAUGAGCAGGUUAUGGAACCACAGCGGGGUGGGGGGAAGAGGAACUCCAGAAAUCUAAGUUGGGUAGACAGUUAUAAGGUUUUAGUUUCCUGCUGAUCUGUAGGUAUACACUUAGGAAAAGCUAAAAUAGCUGCAAAACAAUGCUUGUUUUUGAGUAAUAGUAAGUACUCCUCUUACAAAAUAAAUAAAUGCUUGUACUCCCCCCCCCGCCCCCCCCGAAGUUGGUUGUUAGUUUGCACAGAGGUGGAAAAGGAAACAGCUGAAUCCAUGGGAAAUAAAUAUUGUAACCAAUCUUUAAACUGAACAUAAUUGGAGAUGGUCGAAUAACAGUUGUGACUUUGAAAAACAACAACCCACAGCCCAGGAAUUGAUAUUUGCAUUGGUGCAAAGUAGUCUGAAAUGGUUGCAACUGAAUCUGAAUCUGAAAAACUUGAAUAUACAUUAUGGAAACUCUGCCAGGCUGUCUGAGUGUAGUGUAGCUACUGGGACCUUGACUUAUUACAAUGCACCUGUCUGUCCUCUGGUCUGUGUAAGCACAGAGAUCAUUGGGGUGGAUGGGAAACAGGCAUCAAAAGAAUUCACUUUAUCUUUCCUCUUAAAUUCUACCACAAAACAUUUUUGUUGCUGUUUUUUCAAGUUUCUGGGUUUUGUUCAGAUGGCAGUUUUGUGGCUCUUUAUACAACAUACCUGUUCAGCUCCCUGAAGCCGGAGAAACUUCCUGUUCUUUCCAAAUCCCUGAAUGGCCAGAUAUGCUUUCACUGAAUGUUCAUUCAUUAGGAAAUGAGUCAUAAAUCAUUCGGAGACCCUGAAUGUAAAUGUCACUGUAAUUAUGUUGUAGUUAUGGAGUAAGAGGUCACAGACAAAGUAAUGACUAAUGAAAAGUAAUAAGAUGCAGGAAUAAACAAAACAUAGAUUUUUAGAGAGGAAACAGAUUAGUUUUGUGCACAUGAAGGUCACGCUUGUAACAAUGUGUCUUUAAAAUGUUGCUUAGAAAAUCUGAUCAGUAGACACGAGCAAAAUAUCCAGUAAGAGAAACAGAAAGGAUGAGUAUAAGGACAGCUCAUUUCUGGAGGCUAAUAAUUUUUACUUGCACAAUAGUUUUAUUUAUCUAUUUUUUUAGUAUAACUGUAUUUUAUGCCAUCAGUGGGUGUUUUAUUUAGCUAUACCAAGUGGAAAAAUGGCAAUGAAUGCCAACUCUACAUGUCUGGCAGGUUGAUUAAGCAACUAUCAAAGGGACUGCUGUGCAUGUACUCUGAAAAUGCCACGUGACACACCCUUCCUUGAAAUAAAAUUUUGGAGGAGGAAAAACUCUGACUUCCAAAGAACUGUGGUAGCAUUGUUGCUUUUUGAAAAGUUAACACUGGAUUUUUACAAGUAGCUCUCAAAGGUUUCACUUCUGAAAUCCAGUACAGUUCUUUCCCAAAUUCAACCUUAAUAUACACUAGGUAAUGCAAGUCUUUAUAUAUAGUGACUCUUGAAACUCCCAGAUCUGAUGAGUCCCUAAACUGAACUAAUCAAUCCUUUCUCCCUUUGAUCAGGUGGGAAAAAAUUAAGUCCCUAUUUUAGUCACAUUUGUAGAAUUGCUACAUACCAAAAAGUACUUGGUAAUUCUGUUCCCCACUCCUCUUAUAACAGGAGCUUUGCCCAGUUCCAUUCUGCAAUUUCUUUUCCCAAUUCAUUACCAUGAAUCUAGGAGAAAGCUGAAUUGUGUCUUUUAAACUGCACUGGUCACCAGGCUCAUAUUUUCAAUUGUUGGCUAGCAGGGGCAUGAGUAAUUGGGAAGCAAUUUUGGGGGGAGGAAGGGAGGACUGUAUCACACUGAAAUUUGACUAAGUUGGUCAUGCUGCACAGUGAAGUUAAUCCACAGGAUGAAAAGUCAUAUGACUGAAGAUGUAACAAAAGCCAGCAGGGACAUCAGUGGAGCCUGACUCUGGCUACAGAGGACCAUCUGAAGGUAUAUUAUUAUGCUAAACGUGAGCUGAUUUUUAAUUUACAAAGAAAUAACUUGUUCGUGGACCCUGAAUAUUUUCCAUAGACCUUUUCAAAUUGGUUCAUACUUUAAUUAUAAGGUUUUGCAUUCCCAUGAGUGAAUUAUCAAAUACACUUUCUCUUUGAAGUCCACAUUUUUUUAACAGAUAACUUGGAAUUCUAUUGACCAGUGUUUAUUUUUUAGAGAAAUAAAACAAUUUACUUGAAUCUGUCACUUCUUUACUGAGAAAUUCUAUAUUAUGAAUCAUUUCUAGUGGACAACUGGGAUUUGAAUGCAGGCAUUCUUGUUGCCUGUGGUUUAUUUACAGUGGAAAUGAAACCAAGAAACCCUCAGGGCCUUUAGACCAGUUGAUUUUUCUCAGACUUCAGUUUGAAUGGUUUAUUAUUUCUUGAGGAGCUGCAGGGAUCACCAGCACCAAAAUCAAUACUUUGCAUUAAGUCUCUGUGUUGUCUUUGGCUAUUACCUCACCGAGCUGGUUAUUCAAGCCCCCAGAAAUAAACUGAGUAUGUUGGAUCAGAUGUUCUGUGUUUGAGAUAGAAGCUGUUGAAAUCAAAUCACCACCCCUCUUCCAACACAGAUGCAAGAUAUAUAGUUGAAUUGAUAGUACAAAAGUUUCCUCCCAGCAUUCUAUAACUGUAACUUGAGCGAGAGCAUUGUUUUCAUAUUAGCCAAUGACUAACUUCAGUAUUUGAUGGCAUGUUAAUAUUAGCACUUGAAAUUGUCCUUCUUUUGGAUAAGACACUUGUUUUCAAAAGUAGAAAUGUCCCGUGGGAGAUGCUGGAUACUUUUUGUUUUCUGUAAAUAUAUAUAUUUUUAUAACUUUCUUGGCCUGCAGUUUAAUACAUUAUUGUGCCAUAUGUCCAUGAAAUAAACAAGAGAAAUUAUCAAUAGCUAACUUCAGAUUUUCUUUUAAGAACCAGAUUCUGCUCCCCAUUGCUCACAUUGGAUAGUAGUUUACUCCUUAAUUAAUCUCGUUUGGAUUUGAUUAGACUAUUUCAUGGAGAAAUGCGCUACGUAAUGGGGGUAGGGGGUCAGAAUCUGGGCCAAAAUGAUCAAUUGCCCACAAUCCUGUAUUUUAAAAUUUAAAAAAAAAACCUUACAUUUUAAUAUCAGAUCAGAGUGAGAGAAACGCACCUUGUCUCACAGCAAAGUUUAAACAUUGCAUUCCUGACAACUCCUCCUAUUUUCCCAUUAGUGUGAAAAAUUUGCCCUGAAGUGACCAGUUCCUGUGUCUGUACGUGCAAGUCAUGCUGAGCACUUGCUGAGCUACACUGGUCAGCUCUAUUGCAUUUAAGAGUACAGCUUUGAUUAGCUUUUGUGGAUGGAUGGUGGAGGAAAGAGAAAGAUCCAUGUGAUUUGUCUCUGUACUCUGAGUUGGGACUGAUAAAUGAGUUCAUCUAUAACACCAAAUAGUCUUUCUGUUUCUGUUCUACUAUGUAGCUUGUCAGUAUUUUUUUUCUGAGGAAAAUAUGUUAUAUUGGAUGCCUGACCUUGCCUAGUCACCACUAUUAAGCAGCCUGAAAUUUAUAGGUAUGCAACAUGUUAAGUACACACCUCAAUUUGGGUGUCCAACCUUUUUUUAAUCUAUACAUAAAGUCUACGUUGACACUCUAGCUUAAUGUACUGUUAGUUGUAUUUGUUCUGAUUUUCCAUUCUAUUACAUUCAAAUUUAUGGAUUAGUGAGGAUCAAAUAAAUUGAUGUUUGAUGCUUCAAUUGAUUUAAUCCAGAAGAAAUUACACUUGGUAUACAAAUCAGCACAUGGGAUGCUAGUUCGAUCUGUAGCAGCUGUUUCACUAAUCCUUACAGUUUCCUAAUAAAUAACCUAUUUCAGAUUUG